AUGGAUGACAAACAAGAGUCAAAAUUUGAUUUAGAUAAAAAUAAUGAAAGUUCAACUCCAUUAAAUUCUAAAGAGAAGUAUUUGAGAGAAAUUGUUAGUAAAGGACAAUCUUAUGAGAAGUAUUUAGAAGCACUUAUUAAUGAGAAGAAUUAUAUUGACAAUAUCAAAUCACAACGACAACUGUUACCAGAUGAGAAAAGGAGAGAAAAAGACUUUGAGAUUGAAUACAAUUCUUUUUUUGCAAAUGUUGGUAAGUUUAUUAAAGUUGGUAGUCAUGGAAGACCUAAAUUUAUGAUAAACGAGUAUGUAAUUUAUCAUCAAAGUGAAAUUAAUAAUAAUGAGAUUAAUCAAUCUAAUAAGGGAAUGCCAUCACCCAUUAAUAAGAAUCAUCCCAUGAGUCCUUCUAAUUUUAACAAACUGGCAUCCGAGUAUUACGCAAAAGAUAAACCUUAUAAGGGAGAUGUGCAAGAAAUACUUAAUACAUUUGAUAUGAAACAAAGAAUGAUAAACAGUGAAAUGCAACAAAAUUUACAAAUGAAUAGAAACAACAACACACCACAACAAAUAGAUGGUAGGAAAAUUCAACAAAAAUAUAACAAUUUUGUAGCUGAUGGAAUCAGCUACUAUCCUAACAACCCUCAGGUAAAAGUUGAAAAACAACAGCCGGUUCCUAAGAAAAGAGGCAGAAAAUCUUUUAAAGAUAAGGCAUUGGAAGUUCAACAUAAAAUACUUAUAGCUAAUUCUGGAUUGAAAUAUAAGACUAAUCUUUUAGAGAGUGCUCAAGAACGAUUAAGUAAAUUGAAAAUUUCUAAUGAACCAGUAGAGCAAGAAAGUAAGUUUUUUGAACCAAUUGUAGAAAUUAGUAAUUGUAAUUACAAAUUACCAGAACCAGAUGAUAUUAAACCAGAAAUAACAAUUGAUGAAUUUAUACUUAAAUAUAAUUUAAAUGAGGUUUUUAUUGAAAAAUUGAUUGACCCGAUUUCAAUUAAAGAAUUUAUUUGCACUGAACUUGAUUCAAUAUUUUAUGAAACUGUUAAUUUUGCAUGUAAAUUAUCAAACUCAAGAAAGGGAACAAAGAAGAAGUUAAAACUAGAAGAUAUAAAAAUUGCUUUUGAGCGAUUCCAAUAA